UCAGAGCAGCCUCAGUGUACUCAGGAGUGUUCACACAGAUCUUUAGAGAGGAGAGAGGCCUGUACCAGGACAAGGUGUUCUGCUUCAUCCAUCUGAGUGUUCAGGAGUUUCUGGCUGCUCUUCAUGUCCACCUGACCUUCAUCAACUCUGGACUCAACCUCAUGGAGGAAAAACAAUCAAAGAUCUCUCAACCUGAACUGAGCAGUCCAGUCCAGUUCUACCAGAGUGCUGUGAACAAGGCCUUACUGAGUCCAAACGGACACCUGGACUUGUUCCUCCGCUUCCUCCUGGGUCUUUCACUGCAGACCAAUCAGAGUCUCCUAGGAGGUCUGCUGACUCAGACAGGAAGUAGCUCACAGACCACUCAGGAAACAGUCCAGUUCAUCAAGAAGAAGAUCAGUGAGGAUCUGUCUGCAGAGAAAAGCAUCAACCUGUUCCACUGUCUGAAUGAACUGAAUGAUGGUUCUCUAGAGAAGGAGAUCCAACAGGUCCUGAGAUCAGGACGUCUCUCCACAGAUGAACUGUCUCCUGCUCAGUGGUCUGCUCUGGUCUUCAUCUUACUGUCAUCAGAAGAAGUUCUGGAAGAGUUUGACCUGCAGAAAUACUCUGGUUCAGAGGAGGCUCUUCUGAGGCUGCUGCCAGUGAUCAAAGCCUCCAACAAAGCUCUACUGAGAGGCUGUAACCUGUCAGAGAGAAGCUGUGCAGCUCUGUCCUCAGUUCUCAGCUCUCAGUCCUCCAGACUCAGAGUUCUGGACCUGAGUAACAACAACCUGCAGGAUUCAGGAGUGAAGCUGCUCUCAGCAGGACUGGAGAGUCCACACUGUAAACUGGAGACUCUCAGGUCAGUUUUCAUUCAAAUGUUGAUUCUCUACGACAAGUUCUGUCUGGUUUUCUUUGAUUUAGGAGAAUGUGUCAAAUAGCAUCACUGAAGAAGAAACAGCAGUAGGUAGAAUAAAACACCAGACUAAACAAGAGAACCCAAGUCCAUCCAGGUGUUCAUAUCUGGGAGAAGGUCAUGUUCUCUGUGUUCUUAGAAAGAAAACAUGAUUCAAUCACUGAACUGCAGGUUCAAAUGGACAAACAGUUACAGAAGUGGAGCUAUGGAUCAUU